GUAGUACAGGUGCGGCUGCAUAGGCACACACCAGCCUAGUAGCAUUGGAGAGCAGCAGAUAGAGAACUAGCUAGCAGCAAUGGGCAGGCAGGAUGUUGCUUCCAUGUUUGCCGUUGCUCUCUUCCUCGGAGCAUUCGCUUCUGUUCCUACAAGUGUGCACUCCGUCGGCGUGUGCUACGGCGUGAUCGCCAACAACCUCCCGCCGGCCAACGAGGUGGUGCAGCUCUACAGGUCCAAAGGCAUCACCGGCAUGCGCAUCUACUUCGCCGACGCCAAUGCCCUCUCGGCGCUCCGCAACUCCGGCAUCAGCCUCAUCCUCGACGUCGGCAACGACCAGCUCGCCAACCUCGCCGCGAGCACCUCCAACGCGGCGUCCUGGGUCCAGAAAAACGUCCGGCCAUACUACCCGGCCGUGAACAUCAAGUACAUCGCGGCCGGCAACGAGGUCCAGGGCGGCGCCACGCAGAGCAUCGUGCCGGCCAUGCGCAACCUCAACGCGGCCCUCUCCGCGGCUGGGCUCGGCGCCAUCAAGGUGUCCACCUCCAUCCGGUUCGACGAGGUGGACAAGUCCUUUCCGCCCUCCGACGGCGUGUUCAAGAAUGCCUACAUGACGGACGUGGCCCGGCUCCUGGCGAGCACGGGCGCGCCGCUGCUGGCCAACGUGUACCCCUACUUCGCCUACAAGCGUGACCCGCAGAACAUCAAGCUCAACUACGCGACGUUCCGGCCGGGACCCACGGUGCGGGACGACAAGAACGGGCUGACCUACACGUGCCUGUUCGACGCGAUGGUGGACGCCGUGGUCGCCGCCCUGGAGAAGGCCGGGGCGCCGGCGGUGAGGGUGGUGGUGUCCGAGAGCGGGUGGCCUUCGGCGAGCGGGUUCGCGGCGACGGCCGACAACGCGAGGGCGUACAACCAGGGGCUGAUCGACCACGUCGGCGGGGGCACACCGAAGAGGCGCGGCGCACUGGAGACGUACAUCUUCGCCAUGUUCAACGAGAACUUCAAGAGAGGGGAGCUGGUGGAGAAGCACUUCGGGCUGUUCAACCCGGACAAGUCGCCGGCGUACCCCAUCCGGUUCAAGUGAUCCAGUCUAGUCUAGUCUAGCUAGCUUACACGUAUACGUACCUAGGUCUUCAAUAAGCAGCACGUACGUACACACGUUUGACACGUACGUAGAUCGAUCCAUGGGAGAGGGAAACCAAUGACUUCCUGUUCCUGGUGGUGUUACAUCAUCAUAUGAAUAAAGAGAUGGAAGCAGUUACGAUUUUGUGAUC